GUGCAGGUAUCGUGUAUUUAUUAUUUACAUUAUGAAAGUCCGCGGGCUUGUUUUUGAAGUCGUUACUUAAUGUCAGUAAAGGAGAAAUGAAUUGCAAUUGUAUUUAGAAUGUCCGAACAUCAAAGGUCGAAAAAAUCCUUAAAUCUUAGUCUCUCUAAAGGCAAAAAGAAGUUACAGUUUACUUUGGGACAUUUUUUUAAUAACACAACUACGUGUCAAACAACUGGAAAUAAUGCUAAUAGUUUAGUGAAAGAAAAACCUAUUGCAACGGUGACACCACAGCAGGCAUCUAGAAGCGGAAAUGAUUCAAAUUCUCCGUUGAAUAACAUUUCUGGCAAGAAUCGUUUCUUAGAGGCUAGCUAUGAAGACGAAACUACAUCUUUUCAUAAAGAGGCAAUCACGAUCUCGUCGGAUGAUGACUUGAGCUGUGAUACGGACGUGCUUUCUAGAAGCAGGAGGAGGAAGUCUGCACAAGUCAUCUUGAGCGACAGCGAAGAAGAAGGUAUUUCUCUGGAAGAUCUGAGAAAGGAUACAGAGACAGGUGCCGGUGGAGACAAUGGCGAGCUUGGGGUUGCAAACCUUUCAGAGUCUGAAGACAUGUUCGCAGAAUUUGAGGAGGAGGCGGGUCGGAGGUCGCCAGUUCUUGGCUCAUCACUACGUGCAUGCAUGGAGCCUCAGGCUGGGGGCGACUGCGGUGCCAAGAGGACCUGCCUUGCGCCUGCUGCCGCCAGUCAUGGCAGAAGGGAUUUGGAAGAAUAUAUCAAGAGUUUGGAAACCAAAAGUUUGGGUUUUGAUAAAGAACUUGAUAGUUGGCUGACUACCACAAAUAUGCACCCUUCCCUUUCGAAUGCAUCCACUGUGGAGACUCCGGAAGAAGUGUUGCGAGAGCAGAUCAGCUUCAUGAAGGAGGUGAACGUGCAGAUCCUGGAGAGAGCGUGCACAGCGCUGGAAGCAAUCCCUGUGGAGCUGCUGCAGCUGCUGCCGGGGUUCAGCACGACCGUGUUUGCGAAGCUGAGGUCCGCCCGCCGGAGGGCUGCAGCCAAGCUUCGGCUCGCGGAGGCCGUGCUGCGGAGGAAGUCCGUAGCUGCACCGCUCAAGCCCCCAGCUCGCCCGGACCAUGCCCACUCAUCUUCAAAACAAUCUUGUGUGAAACCAAACAAAUUAAAAAUAAACUUGGAUGACAAGGAUGAAGCGCUUGCGAAGUUGUAUGGCGGUGACGAUAAUAGCAACUUGAGUGAGGAAAGUAUUAAUGAUAAUUAUUGUUUUUCAUCUGAUAGAGUGGCUACUAAUUUUGGGACACCAAACAGUAAAUUUUGGGCAAAGUCACCAAAUCGUAUGGAUAUAAGUAGAGAUGAUGCCUCUGAGGGAUCUGAUAGUGAUUCUAACCAUUUUAAUAGUAACUGCAGUUUUAGUGGUGUGUCUAACAUUACAGGAAGAGGUUUUAUGGCUGAAGCAAUGGAUAUUUCAGUUAUCAGUAACCAAACAGUGGAACGUAGUGCUGAGAAAGUUGAUAAAAGUUCAAAGUUUAUUUUCAAGAAGCCUUCGGUUGUGGGAGGGAAUGCGCUCUCAGUGACUAUGGAGCCUGUUAGAAGAUCACCCUCCCUCUCCACAAUCGCGCAAUCAGAGACUCCCAGGAACCUACUGUCGUCACCUCGAGGAGGAGAGAGUUUCCAGGCGUCUCCUGGCACUCUCUGUGGUGCUAGCUCGUCCUUGAAGCAAGCUACCACGAGUUUUCGAUACCAGCCAUCCUCCCCAUUGCGGCAAGUUGGCAGAUCUACUCCAAAGAAUAAAUCACCUGUAUCCAAGUCUGUUGCUAUCAUGGAACACCAGACUUUGUCCAGAAAUAGGCCCAUAGCUGUUGAUGAAUACUCCAGUAAGGCAGAUGACUCGAAUACAAGCAUCAUUGGAAGAUCUACUCCAAAGAAGCAAUCACGUGUACCCAGGUCUGUUGCUAACAUGGAACAUCAGACUUCAUCCACAAGCAUCACAGGAAGACUCAGCACCGGAGACGCCAGCGGAGCAGGGGCAGAUCUGUGCCACGGCAGGGACGAUGGCGCCUCGGGAGCGUUCACAGGGCUCGACUACCCCCACUCCCAGGAAAUGCUCAAUGUGUUUCAUCAGAGGUUCGGGCUGCACACGUUCCGGCCCAACCAGCUGCAGACAGUGAACGCCGCACUCCUGGGCCACGACUGCUUCGUGCUGAUGCCGACAGGCGGUGGCAAGUCAUUGUGCUACCAGCUGCCGGCGCUGCUGGCUGCUGGGGUGUCUGUCGUCAUCUCCCCGCUCAAGUCCCUCAUUCUGGACCAAGUGCAGAAGCUCAGCUCGUUAGACAUCCCCUCCGCUCACUUGGGUGGUGACGGCAAUCAGGGGUCUGUGCAGUCAGUCUACAUUGAGCUGAUGAAGCGAGAACCAGGUGUGAAGCUCCUAUACGUGACCCCGGAGAAGCUGAGUGCCAGCAACAAGCUGGGAGAUGCUCUUGAAAACUUAUACAAGCGAGGAAAGCUGGCCCGAUUUGUUAUAGAUGAAGCCCAUUGUGUGUCUCAGUGGGGCCAUGAUUUCAGGCCGGACUACAAGAAGCUGUGUGUGCUGAGGCAGAGGUUCCCUGAAGUGCCGACGAUGGCGCUGACAGCCACCGCCACACCCCGGGUGCGCACAGACAUCCUGCACCAGCUGGGCAUGAGCAGCCCCAAGUGGUUCUUGACAAGUUUCAAUCGCCCCAACUUGAAGUACAGUGUCGUUCCAAAGAAGGGGAAAAGCAUCACUCGAGAGAUCAUUGCCUUGAUCAAGGCAAAGUAUCCACGCAGUUCAGGGAUAGUGUACUGCUUGUCUCGCAGGGAAUGUGACAAAGUCGCGGAUGAUUUAAAAAAGGACAGUAUAAAAGCAGUUUCUUACCAUGCAGGACUAACAGACACAGUACGCUCAAAGGUUCAGACUGAGUGGAUCAGCGAUAAAGUUAAGGUUGUGUGCGCAACAAUUGCGUUUGGCAUGGGCAUCGACAAGCCAGACGUGCGCUAUGUCAUUCACUACUCUCUGCCAAAGAGCAUAGAAGGCUACUACCAAGAGGCGGGGCGUGCCGGGCGUGAUGGGGAGAAAGCAGACUGCAUCCUCUACUACUCUUACAUGGACAUGCAUCGCAUUCGCAAAAUGAUUGAAUUGGACCGGGAGAACUUCGCAGCCAAGCAGACACACGUGGACAACUUGUGGCGCAUGGUGUCUUUCUGCGAGAACCGCACCGACUGCCGGAGAGCGCAGCAGCUCAACUACUUCGGAGAGAUGUUCAGCCGAGAACAGUGCCUGGCCAAUCGUAGCACCGCCUGCGACAACUGCUUGCAGCAGGAUGACUACAAGGUGAUGGAUGUGACGGAGGAUUGUAAGGCUAUAGUGAAGUGUGUGAUGGAGAUAUGUGGCGAGGCAAGUCAACGCUGGACCAGUAACUUUACUCUGCUACACAUUGUUGACAUCUUCAAGGGAAGCGACUCUAAGAAGAUCAAAGAAGCAGGCCACAACAACCACUCCCUCCACGGGCGUGGCAAGGACUGGCUGCGCGCUGAUGUUGAGCGCUUGUUGCGCAAGCUCACCAUAGAGGGGUUCCUGCGGGAGGACAUGAUCGUGACACGGGACGACAUUGCGAUAGCGUACGUGAAGGUGGGCGCCAAGGCCCGAGAGCUGCUGUCCGGCCGAGCGAAGAUUAACUUCCCAAUGAGGGGCAGCGCGAAGCACCGGCAGGAGGUGGUAUCCUCGAACCAGCUGGCUAACAACCCCUUCACACAACAGCUGCAGGAGCUGCAGGAAAAGUGCUAUGGCCAACUCAUGGAUGUGUGUCGUGGCAUUGCAGACACUCUAGGCAUCAGCACCCACUCUGUCAUGAAUGUUCAGGCCAUCCGUGCGAUGUCUCAGACGAUGCCGGAAACAGCUGAGGAGAUGCUCAAGAUCUCCCAUGUGACGAAGGCCAACUUUGAAAAGUAUGGUCAGGCAUUGCUUCAAGUGACGCAGCAGUACUCUGCAGAGAAACUUGUGAUGAUGUCGGAGCAAGAAGGAGAGGGGAUGGACGCGGACGACUGGCUGUGCCCAGCAGACAGCAGUUCCCCGUACUUCCACGGCGAGAGCAGCCCGCGCAACAAGCGCAAGUCGCGGGGCGGCAGUGCAGGCCGGUCCUGGAAGAGGCACAAGCGCGGAGGCAACAGGCAGUCCUCGUGGAGCAGCGGGCGAGGCAGGACCAGGGGCAGGGGCAGGGGCGGUGGCAGGGGCGGGAAGAGGACACGCGGCAGCGUCCCGGCCGUGAUGAAGGCUCCGCCCUCGGACCGCCCGCUGCCACCCAGCAAGAGGCCGGGCUUCCUGCCCACUCCUAAAGUCUUCUCCAUGUGAGCGGCAUGUCCGUCCUCCUCACUUGGCACGCGUUGAUUACCUCGACAAGAAAACUAUUGUAUAUAUUUUACUUUUUAAAUUAUUUAAUAAAUAUUUUGCAGAAAGA